CCGGCGCGGAAGGUAGUGCCACGUCAUCUUCGGGCUCCCAGUGCCAGCCAGGCAGUGGAUGGUGGGAAGCAAGAUGGCGGCCACUGCCAGCAUUCGGGAGAGGCAAACAGUGGCUCUGAAGCGGAUGUUGAACUUCAACGUGCCUCAUGUUAAGAACAGUACUGGAGAGCCAGUGUGGAAGGUACUCAUUUAUGACAGAUUUGGCCAGGAUAUCAUCUCUCCUCUGCUGUCUGUGAAGGAACUGAGAGACAUGGGCAUCACUCUGCAUCUCCUUUUGCACUCAGACCGAGAUCCGAUUCCAGAUGUUCCUGCAGUGUACUUUGUGAUGCCAACUGAAGAAAAUAUUGACAGACUAUGCCAGGACCUUCGAAAUCAGCUCUAUGAGUCCUAUUAUUUAAAUUUUAUUUCUGCGAUUUCAAGAAGUAAACUGGAAGACAUUGCAAAUGCAGCAUUGGCUGCUAACGCCGUUGCACAAGUUACCAAGGUUUUUGACCAGUAUCUCAAUUUUAUUACUUUGGAAGAUGACAUGUUUGUAUUAUGUAAUCAAAAUAAGGAGCUUGUUUCAUAUCGGGCCAUUAAUAGACCAGAUAUCACAGACACCGAGAUGGAAACUGUAAUGGACACUAUUGUUGACAGUCUCUUCUGCUUUUUUGUUACAUUAGGUGCUGUGCCCAUCAUCCGGUGCUCCCGCGGGACGGCAGCAGAAAUGGUGGCAGUGAAACUAGACAAAAAACUUCGGGAAAAUCUAAGAGAUGCAAGAAACAGCCUUUUCACUGGUGAUCCACUUGGAACUGGCCAAUUCAGCUUCCAGAGGCCUUUAUUAGUCCUUGUGGACAGAAACAUCGACUUGGCCACGCCUCUACACCACACGUGGACAUACCAAGCCCUGGUCCAUGAUGUGCUGGAUUUCCACUUAAACAGAGUAAAUUUGGAAGAAUCUACAGGAGUGGAAAAUUCUCCAGCUGGUGCUAGACCAAAGAGGAAAAACAAGAAGUCUUACGAUUUAACUCCAGUUGAUAAAUUUUGGCAGAAACAUAAAGGAAGUCCAUUCCCAGAAGUUGCAGAAUCGGUCCAACAAGAACUAGAAUCUUACCGAGCACAGGAAGAUGAGGUUAAACGACUGAAGAGCAUUAUGGGCCUAGAAGGAGAGGACGAAGGAGCCAUCAGCAUGCUUUCUGACAACACUGCUAAGCUCACAUCAGCUGUCAGUUCUUUGCCAGAACUCCUUGAAAAAAAAAGACUUAUUGAUCUCCAUACAAAUGUCGCCACUGCUGUUUUAGAACACAUAAAGGCAAGAAAACUGGAUGUGUAUUUUGAAUAUGAAGAAAAAAUAAUGAGCAAGACUACCGUGGAUAAGUCCCUCCUAGACGUCAUAUCCGACCCUGACGCAGGGACUCCGGAAGACAAAAUGAGGCUGUUUCUCAUCUAUUACAUAAGCGCACAGCAAGCACCGUCUGAGGUUGAUUUGGAGCAAUAUAAAAAGGCUCUAACAGAUGCAGGCUGCAACCUCAGCCCUUUACAGUAUAUCAAACAGUGGAAGGCUUUUGCCAAGAUGGCCUCAACUCCUGCCAGCUAUGGGAACACUACCACUAAACCAAUGGGUCUCCUAUCCCGAGUCAUGAAUACGGGGUCACAGUUUGUGAUGGAAGGCGUGAAGAACCUGGUAUUGAAACAGCAGAAUCUACCUGUUACUCGAAUUUUAGACAAUCUCAUGGAGAUGAAGUCAAACCCUGAAACAGAUGAUUAUAGAUAUUUUGAUCCCAAAAUGCUGCGGAGUAAUGACAGCUCAGUUCCUAGGAACAAAAGUCCAUUCCAAGAGGCCAUUGUCUUUGUAGUAGGAGGAGGCAACUAUAUUGAGUAUCAGAAUCUUGUUGACUACAUAAAGGCAAAGCAAGGCAAGCACAUUUUAUAUGGCUGCAGUGAGAUUUUUAAUGCUACACAGUUCAUAAAACAGCUGUCACAGCUUGGACAAAAAUAACACAGAAGAACCACAGUGGAGUAAUCAAUUUGGAUAGAUGUAAAAAGAGCCAGAUGUGUCCUUCUCCAUAGCCAUGCCCUAUCUGCAACCUGUCAGAAUCAGUCAUUUUUAAAGAAAUUCUAUACUUCAUAUACUGUAUAAUGAUUAAAAUAAUAAACCAUUUCAGAAAUAA